GUGCGCACAGCCUGGAGCCCGCCUCCGUCAAAGACUGCCGGGCGCAUGCGGCCGGGCCGGUUCACUGGCGGCCGGGGGCUCAGCGCGGACGUCGGCCACCGAGCUCUCUAGCGGACGGCGGGAUUCGAGGCCCGCCUCAGGUCAAAGAGUAAAAUGAAGUACAUUCUAGUUACUGGUGGUGUUAUAUCAGGAAUUGGCAAAGGAAUCAUCGCCAGCAGUGUGGGCACAAUACUGAAGUCAUGUGGUUUACAUGUAACUUCAAUUAAAAUUGAUCCAUACAUUAACAUUGAUGCAGGCACAUUCUCUCCAUAUGAGCACGGUGAGGUUUUUGUGCUGGAUGAUGGAGGGGAAGUUGACCUUGACUUGGGCAACUACGAGCGGUUCCUGGACAUUCGCCUCACCAAGGACAAUAAUCUCACCACUGGGAAGAUAUACCAGUAUGUCAUUAACAAGGAACGCAAAGGAGAUUACUUGGGGAAAACCGUCCAAGUUGUCCCUCAUAUCACAGAUGCCAUCCAGGAGUGGGUGAUGAGACAGGCAUUGAUACCUGUUGAUGAAGACGGCCUAGAACCUCAAGUGUGUGUUAUUGAGCUUGGUGGAACAGUAGGCGAUAUAGAAAGCAUGCCCUUUAUCGAGGCCUUCCGUCAGUUCCAAUUCAAGGUCAAAAGAGAGAACUUCUGUAAUAUUCACGUCAGUCUAGUUCCUCAGCCAAGUUCAACAGGGGAACAGAAGACUAAACCCACUCAGAACAGUGUUCGGGAACUCCGGGGGCUCGGGCUUUCCCCAGAUCUGGUUGUCUGCAGGUGUUCAAAUCCUCUUGACACAGCAGUGAAAGAGAAAAUAUCCAUGUUCUGCCAUGUUGAACCUGAGCAAGUGAUCUGUGUCCAUGAUGUCUCGUCUAUCUACCGAGUCCCCUUGUUGUUAGAGGAGCAGGGGGUUGUGGAUUAUUUUCUUCGAAGACUUGAUCUCCCUAUUGAGAGGCAGUCACGAAAAAUGCUGAUGAAGUGGAAAGAGAUGGCGGACAGAUAUGAUCGCUUGCUGGAGACCUGCUCUAUUGCCCUCGUGGGCAAAUAUACCAAAUUCUCAGACUCCUACGCCUCUGUUAUUAAAGCUUUGGAGCACUCUGCACUAGCCAUCAACCACAAAUUGGAAAUCAAGUACAUAGACUCCACGGACCUGGAGCCCAGCACCUUGCAGGAGGAGCCUGUGCGCUACCACGAAGCCUGGCAGAAGCUCUGCAGUGCCAAUGGCGUGCUGGUUCCAGGAGGAUUUGGUGUUCGAGGAACAGAAGGUAAAAUCCAAGCAAUCGCCUGGGCUCGGAAACAGAAGAAGCCUUUUUUGGGUGUGUGCUUAGGAAUGCAGCUGGCGGUGGUUGAAUUUUCAAGAAACGUUCUGGGAUGGCAAGAUGCCAAUUCUACAGAGUUUGAUCCAAAGACCAGCCACCCUGUGGUAAUCGACAUGCCAGAACACAAUCCUGGGCAGAUGGGUGGAACCAUGAGGCUGGGCAAGAGGAGAACCCUGUUCCAGACCAAGAACUCAGUCAUGAGGAAACUCUAUGGAGAUCCAGAUUACCUGGAGGAGAGGCACCGCCACAGGUUUGAGGUGAAUCCAGUCUUGAAAAAGUGUUUGGAAGAACAAGGUUUAAAAUUUGUUGGCCAAGAUGUUGAAGGAGAGAGAAUGGAAAUUGUGGAGCUGGAAGAUCAUCCCUUUUUUGUGGGAGUUCAGUACCACCCUGAGUUCCUGUCCAGACCGAUCAAGCCUUCCCCACCAUACUUCGGCCUCCUCCUGGCCUCCGUGGGGCGGCUCCCGCAUUACCUCCAGAAAGGCUGCAGGCUCUCGCCCAGGGACACCUAUAGUGACAGAAGUGGAAGCAGCUCUCCUGACUCUGAAAUCACUGAGUUGAAGUUUCCAUCCAUAAAUCAUGACUGAUGAUAAUGGCUGAUCCGUCAAGAAGCCUUCAGACUUUGGUGGAGUUUACAGCUUUGAUUUUACACUCAGCUUUUGACACUUCCUUUAAAUUAUGUUUUUAUUAAGAUUAUUUUAUUAUGGGAAAGGUAUUUGGAAGACUUUUAACAUGCAUGUCCCAUCAUGUGUAUCGGCUCCUUCGCUGUGGUGCCUGGUGUUGAAGCUCCCUUGUGGUCCGUGAGCCUUCCGGGCGAGCAGCACGACCACGGGCAGGAGUGCAUGCCAGAUGUGGCUGGUGGCGGCUCCCUGUCAUCCUGUUUCUGCAACUACCUCGCAUCGUUGUGGAUUCGAGUGCUGGCCCACUGCUUCCUCUUGGAGGCCUCGCCAUUACAGAAAGUGCGUGGAAGGACUUGUAGUUAGUGCUUGUAACACUUGGUGCUGGGGGCUGGAGGCACUGCUUGUACCCAGGGCCGUGAGGGGAGAGCGCAAGCCUCAGCACUGCCAGUGCGGUGGGGGCGACUGCCAGCCGGGCGGGCAGCCGGCGUCGAGAGGCACCGUCGGCUUGGCGUUCCGGGGAGCCAGACGUCUGUCUCUGCAGUGUGGUUGUGGGUCUGGCCCCCAUCCGCUGGCCGUGCUUCUCUUCUAGGGCCGGGAAACACUCCUUGCAUCAAGGGGUUGCUUAGAAAAGAAUCUUUUGGGGAAACUGCCUCUAAAACCCUCUCUAAUAGACAGCUUUGGCUGAGGGGACUUUUCCUUCCAGGAUGUUACUGCGAUCAACAUGUAAUGUACUACGACAAGCUGUUUUCUUAGUGUGGUGUACACUGGGCACCGCUCUGUGCCUGCUGUGCUCUGGCUGUUCUUGGCGUGUACUCUAACUUAAGAAAUAAAUGAUGCAG